AGCAUCUAAACAUACAUAUAUUAUAACAAUUGUUUGUUCAAUGGCUUCAGACUCAUCACCAACCUACCUUCUCAACCCUUCUGAUCUUCAUUCACUUUAUUAUCAAACCAACAAUGAAACUGGUGGUAUCAUUGACUUGGGCCUUAGUCUUAGAGUUUUGCAGGCUCCAACUUAUGACCAUUCCGAACAUCCCCACGUCACAGAUGACUACCACGAUUUGGUAGAAUGGAACCAGUUGCACCCUUACGAAAGUUCAGACACUAGUGUCGGUUAUCCUAGGAAGACGACUGACAAUGUUGUUGAUGAAAGAAACAUGUUCCAAAGAAGCAAGCAUCAAGGCGAUUUUGUGAAGGUUAACAUGGAUGGCGUACUCAUUGGUCGAAAAAUAUGUGUUCUUGAUCACUCCAGUUACUUGAGUCUUGCAAGUCAACUAGAAGACAUGUUUGGAAAACAAGCUUUAUGUAGUUUACAACUGUUUGAAAGUGGUUCGGAUUUUUCGUUGUGGUAUAAAAAUAGAGAUGAAAAAUGGAGAAUCGCCGGUGAUGUUCCAUGGAAGGAGUUUGUAGACAGUGUAACACGCAUGCGGAUCAUGUUCAAGGACGAAACACUCUUUCGGUCUAUGAACACAUCGGUCUAGUCGAUCCUAUCUAUGGUCAGGACCAUGAAGGCUGCACAAGACGGCAUCAGUGGGAGGUUGGAAGCCAGACACAUUUCUAUGUCUUCAUGUUAAUUUACUAAUCGGAUAGAUAUUUUAAACAAUCCGGAAAGGCUUUUCGUCUUUCGAUUUUCUGCAAUGAAUUUGUAAUCGUGAUUAACUACGAUAGAGUUAUCUUAUAAUUCAUAG